AUGGCAGACCUCGUGCAUCGACAUGUGGUAGAUCUCGAGGAAGAAGAGUUUUGUACAGUCCUAGUGAUGUUCGAGAAGGACAUAAAGCCUGUCCAUGUGACAUAUUAUGUGGGGAAUGUCAAAGGGGAAGGGUUGAUUAUGGUGAUGCCUUCACUUGAGGACGGGCUCGGACAAACUGUGAUGGUGACACUACCGGAGGAGCAGAUGGCCGAACUGUUGUUA